CACAUAUUAAUGUGAAAAAAGAUUCAUCUGUAUCUCAUCAACGUGAACGUGAUACUAUCAAUGGUUCUUGCAACAUCCUGUGUCCCGGUCGACUAGUUUCUGACUCUGGAGGUGCUGUAGCACAGGACGCUUUUGUAUUGAGGAGGAUUCCACCACUUCCGCGUACAACUCCUGAGCGACGUAGACAGCGGGAGGAAUCGUCAGCAUCGGCAGCAUCGACGUCAGAGCUAGUGUUGCCUUUCAGAUCCUCAGUAGACGAAUUCGAAGAACGCGAAGAAGCACCAGCUGUAGGAGAGCGACCAGAAGUAGAAGUAGAAGAUAAUUACGAACUCGGCAUCGUCCUUGAUGACACAACCUUCCGUAACGAUUGGCAAACCCGGAGACAGUUGAAAGUCUGGUGGUUUGCCGCCGCAGAGCUAUCUCGUGUGGAUUUGGAGAUUCUCAUCUAUCAAGAGGACACCAUCGGACCACGUGGCAACAUCAAAAGCAAAUAUCUGGCUCACCAUUGGAAAGACACGAGUUCUUUGUUCUUUGUUGCGGCGCCGAGCUGUGGUGGGGGGACGAUAAGUAGUAGUGGUACGACGAGUUCUAGUAGCAUUACCGGUAAUAAUCUGCAGAGUAGUGCUAGCACCACGACAUCAAUAAGUAGAAAUGGUAUACAACUCCCAUCGGACCCGAUUUUUUAUUCCGAUUCGUACGCGAAUUUUGUCACCUCCACUCCGACUCCUACCACUCAAACUCCUGUACAACGACACGGCCUCAAAGAUAACUACGUUCUAAAAAUUCCUGCUCUCGUAUCAUCCUACGAGAUGCGGCUUGCGAUUACGGCUAUUCGGAGGUUGCAAACUCAAAGGGCGCGCGAACGCGAAGAACAACAAUUCAGGAAUCAUGUAUUGCAGAUUGCUGCAGCAGUUUCACUUUCAUCAGAUGAAGAAAAAAGUCAGAAACGAGCGUUGUACAAUUAUUUCAAGAACAAUGUUGGGUACGAAGGUGGGAGAACAGAAGUUGAAGCUAUAUCAGUCUCCGAAUUCUUCACUGACCUCUGUCAUUCUGACACGAGCUGUUUUGUUGGAGGUAGUUCCGCGUUUCCAAUUUCAUCAUCAAACGCAAUAAGCACGUUCACAACGACUUCAUGUAGGCCUAGAAGGGC